UUUUUACAGAAGUCGAUACAAGUGAAUGUCGACUCGUCGCAGCCAAAUGAAAUAAUAAUUUGUUUACAAGAUCGUGAUACGCAAGCGUACGGUGCUCUGCAUUUUUCACGUAUUUUUUGAAUUAGUGACUCGGUAUUCAAUCAUUUUGUGCUAAAAUGGUUUGGCUAAAAUCCUGUUGGUCUCCCUGCAUCUGGAGCAAUUCCGUAAAGACAGGCAGCUAUGCGAUCGCCGUCUACACCGUAGCAAUGUGCAUCGUGCUGAUUACUAUGACCGUAUACAUGAUGGUUGGAGGUGAUUCAUCUCAGCUGUAUUCUCCGUUGUUCGAAACGGAUAUUCGCGACUCGAUGCAAGUGGUUGGAGGAUUCUUUAUUUCCUAUUUUAUUCUGAUGAUUUUGUCCUCGUUCGGUAUCUGGUACUCGUUGAAAACGACAACCCGUGGCUGGAUGCUUCCGUGGUUGAUCCUUUUCGGCAUUGCCAUUCUAUUCCAGUUUGUUUUUGGCCUGUGGUUGAUUGGAGGAUACUAUAUAUAUCUUCAACAAACACUGUCCAGUUUAAUCUUAUGGGUUUGGAUGGCAUAUAACAUCUACUGCUGGAUGUGUGUUUUCUCGCAGUACCAAAUAUUUGUGGCAAUGCAAUCACCCAACAUUGAACUGCUUAUGCCUUAAGCAAAAGUGCAGCAUUAUGAAUCAAAGUAUUUUUAAACACUCUAGAACUUAUCUGUGUACAGAAUUUCACAGAAGCAGUCAACGUCUUCACUAGCACAAAAACAAUUUGCUAGAAAUAUUAGGAUAUUAGAGAAUCUCUAUUUAGAAUUUCAAUUUAGAGAAACUUAACAUGCCAGUUUGAUUAUGAUCGAAUCAAACACUUCCAUGUCAAUGUCCAUUCCAGUAAAUUGCCUUAAAAUUAACAGAUAUAGCCGUACAAAUUUAUGACAUAUAUUUUAAACUUGGACAACUCAUUAAACUUAUCGAUAUUUAGUAAGCAAGAGAACUGAAUGUAACAUCUACCGUCCACAUUUGAUGAUGAAAUAAAGCUUUUUGCACCCUA